AAAGAUCAUGUACGAAAUUAAAUGAUGGCGUUGUUAUCACCACUGAUUUUGCUAGCAUUGGUUGCUAGCUCCGUUUCAUCUGCACGUAUCGCUGGCUUCAUGGCCCUUGGAGGAUCCCAGUAUAUUAACAUGAAAAAUAUCAUGGAAGAACUGGCUUCUCGGGGCCACCAGGUAGAUAACAGUCAAGUAAUCUACGUCCUUUAUUUGUGUGUCACGUUCAAGUAAAGGUUGUUGAAACGAUCUCCAGACAAACGGGGCGCUUGUAAUACCUUAUUUUAAAUUAACGUACUGAAAAUACAAGCUGAUUAAUACUAAGGAAAAUAAUUUAAAGGGUUUUUUUGGCUAUAAUCACAUAAAACAUGGAUUUGAAUAUUAUAUAAAGCAACCGCAUUCCAAACGAAUCCAUUUCACCACUUCACCAUUCAGGGGUGGUCUUUAGGUAUGAUUUAGGAGAUGCGUAAAAAUUCGGAACGGAUUCUCUGUUGGCGUGACAGCAAUAUAUUGCCGCAAACAGGCGAGAACGUGACGAGUCUCACCAGACUGUUGUCAGGUACUCUUUUUACUGUCUGUGCCAAAAGAAACGAAGAGGUUAUGAAUCCUAAUAUCCGUACAAAGCAAUGGAACUUUGUCAAGUAUAUGUUUACUGGUGAUGAUAUUGUUUCACAGAAAAAAAAAACUUUACGAACUACACAUCAGAGGUCACGAGAGACCUUAGAUGCUAUUGCAUUCCCCCUCGGAAUUAUCUGAUCUAUAAAUAAGAUCACUAAGAGAUUAGAUUUCUUGGGUUAAAAUCCUUGCCUGUUUUUAGAAUUUUGUAAACAAAUGCAAAAUCUGUUUUUACACUGAGAGAGAAUCCGGAUUUGGAUUUUUCAACGAAACGAAAUCAAAUUUCCAAGCCUUCCUUUGGGCGCGGAUCCGUAAUAACCUUGUUCGUAAGGAAUCAAGGGAAGCUGAAAUUAACAAUCUCAUCUUCACAAGACCUCAACCAAAUUAAGACUUCACAAAUGCUCGCUGCUCAAAUGGAACGGUGAGUUGUUUCUUUCCUAGCCUGAGAUCAUGCCCUCUCCCUAUUAUCCCUUUAUGUCUCUCACGGGAUCGCAUGUAAAAAAGCCAGAAUCUGGACUUUUUUCUGAUUGGAUAGGAAACAGUACGGAUGAUUUGCGCUGUUCCGAUUGGCCAAAAUGCCGCCUUCCGUUAGCUGUUGUUGAUUUCAGUCUGCAUUUUUGCUUGCCUAAUUAGUAGUGAAUACACACGCGAGCUCGUUAUGAAAUUUCUGCCGUAUCAGUCUUGAAUUUCAAGAAUGCCUAAAUAGAAGUUUCAUCCAUUGAAAUAUUUUCCAUCUCAUUGUAUACUAAAACAGUUGCAGUCAAAACUUCACCGAUCAUUUGAAUGCAAUUUGAUACCGGCUACAAGUUACAAAAGCGACAAACAGGUUCACUUUUCAAAUAAUCAAUUCAUGAAUGAUGAAUGGCAUCUUGACCUGGAUUGACUGUAAUUCCUCCCUCAGAAAUCAUGCUGCGAAUUAUUCUGAGCGAUCUUCGCUUUCACAACACCUUUCAGUUCGUGAAAUAUGGUGCUUCAGCCUAUUUUUUUUUCACCGCUUUCGGCACAGAACGAAGUGAACGAGCUUUAGCCAGUAAAAUCUUUAUUAUUUGUAGCUGUUAAAUAAUACGGCAGCUCCAGCUAGCAGUACUUCAUCACAAAAACAACACAUUAAAAAUUUUUUUUAGGAGGCACCAUCUGAACAUGGACGAACUUAAAAAUUGUCUUUCCCUAAAACUGCUUUCAAAAAAUUCUUCGCGCCAAAAUUUGAUUCCCGUAUGGUAAACGCUUAUUGGCUAAUAACAUGACAGGUCAAGCAGACGUUAGAUUAUGUAAAUUAGGGGGCGGUUGACUGCUUGUUAAAUAAAUGUAUCAGGCGUUAUUUUUUUCCCUCUCGAGCCAAAGAAGCAAAGAAGCAAAACAAAAAAAUAGCACCUGAUCUCAGGUUAUUUCUUUCCUAAGUUGAACGAUUGCAUGUUUGCUACCCAUAACCCAACCAAGCGCCGCUCACGUUUGCGUCGCUUCGAUAAACCAAUCAAAUACUUUUAUUCUUGCAAGUUGUUCAUUUUAGUUUUUUUGGAGCGUAAACGUUUGAUUUUCCAACCCAGUUUCCUAUUUAAUUCCCCUUCGGAAAUAGUAUAAAGUACUCCAAGCCUACCACCAGUUCCAAAAAUGUUACGUUGAGACACUCCCACGAAAAAACGACCUUUCUUGCUUCAAAUCCCUCCUGGUCACAGGUCUGUGAGAUAUAAUACUGACCUCCCUCCUCCUUCCCUUUCAAAGUUGUUCCUCCAAGUUUUGAGUAUGGUCUUGUAUUGCUAGCAACUUUGAUAAGGGGUGGAGGGGGAUCACAAGCACAAGAUCAUGGACAGGCCAUUUAUGCCAAAAUACGGCACAGUGUCUCAAGUACUUUUGCAACUGGUUGUAGUUCAUAGUCUACUUUUGGCUCGUUUACAGGCUCAGAUUUCGUUGAGGAUUUUCAUGAUGUUGUACAUUCACUGCAAACAAAUGUUUAAUUAAUUUUUGUUUUUAAUUCUAACAGGUUACACUGCUCGUUCCAUCUUCCCAGAAAAUUAAACCAAGUGACAUGGUUCCACACAGGAUUUACCAAGUGCCUCUCAAACCGGAUUAUCGCGAUGAUCUCAUUCGACUUGACUUUGAGGGAUCCUGGUUACAGGGUAUAUCAUGGAAAAGGAAGAUCCUGAAUAUCUUGUGCGAAAGUGCUCUAAAGAGCAUCAAAAUGCUUGAAGAAGUCAAAGAUUUGACUUGCUUGUUUACGACAGUCCUAUGGGAAUGUGUGCUCCGUUGGUUGCUGAACUCCUUGGUAUUCCACGAGUGGAAAUAUUGAUGUCUGCGCCAAACACCCCGUUUAGUUUUAACCACAUGAUUCCCAUGCCUUUCUCCUAUGUUCCGUCUCACUUGUCAGGAUUCACUGAUAGAAUGACGUUUAUGGAGCGAUCUAUUAAUUUGGUUUCCUAUCUUUGUGAAAAGCUUUUGCUGGAUCUCUUAUUUGGUAGUAUAAUGAAUAACCUCAAGGUUAAGUACAACAUUAAACCUGAACGAAGUUACGAGGAGGCUGUUGGUGGUGCUGAACUGGUUUUGAUUGCGGCUGAUUUUGCACUGGAGUAUCCUCAGCCUUUAUUGCCAGGUAUGAAUUGAUCUCCGUUACACCAGUUAAAAACACUUUAGCGUACAGACUCUCUCCUUUGCAGGGGCUCCAGCUGGGUAUUUCAACAAAAAAAAUACUUUGAAUUUAAAAAAAAAAUAGUAAGCGUGCGGCCGGGCGAAGGGAAGGAUCGUCCCCCUCGCUUCUCCCCAUAGUCGGCGUUUUACCUUAUUCGCGUCGGUAUAACGUGUUUUAACUACCAUGAUAAGAACGUCGGUGCUUUAUAAUAAACCCAAACAAUUCCUAAACAUUAUAUAUUUUUUUAACAAUUGGCUCAUGCUAAAUUAGGCUACAAAAAUUGGAGAGCACAAGAGAAGGGUAAGAAAAGGUUGAGUUUGAUCGUCCGGGUGAACGUAGUCCUGAAUAGGACUGUUGCUGUUGACAGUGACUGACGUUUCGACAACCUGUGCGGUAGUCAUCUUCAGAGUCAAAGUGAGUUGUAUCACGUCAGUUGAUGGUAUUAUACUCUGGUUAUUGAUCUGAUUGGUCAAUUAUGUCGUGAUGUUAUUGGUCGUCUGUCAGUUAAGCCGUGAUGUUAUUGGCUAUGAAGACUCUUAAUCAGUGAUUGGUGCGUUUCGAUCCGUCUAUUGUCGCAGUUAAACAGUCGUCUAUUGUUAGUCAAAUUGUUAGUUCUCCAGUUGUUCUCUCUGACGUGAUACAACUCACUUUGACUCUGAAGAUGACUACCGCACAGGUUGUCGAAACGUCAGUCAGUGUCAACAACAACAGUCCUAUUCAGGACUACGUUCACCCGGACGAUCAAACUCAACCUUUUGAAAUGACUCCUGGGUUCAAACCUUUCACAGAAGGGUAAGAAUUGCUCAAGAUUCUGUUGAUAGCAACUCUAGUCACUCUAGCCUCUUGGGCGCUCUUCCAAAGUGCUGUAAAACCUGACACCCGCCUAGCUGCAAGCACAACUGUUUUAUAAAGUUGACCAUGCUGUGGUACAUGUAACGUAAAAGGCGAAAAACAAACCGAUAGAAGCAUAAGACAUUGUUAUCAAAUACAUUGCAUCGGAUUUUCUUCAACAGGUAACCGUAUGGUAGGACCAUUGAAUGUCAGGGAUACCGUUCAACCUCUACCACGUGAUCUGGAAGCAUUUAUAAGCAAUUCAGAAGGGCAUGGUUUUAUCAUUGUUUCCUUUGGAUCAAAUGUGGCUUCCAUUCUUCCUCGAGAGAUUGUAGACAUGCUAGCAACAGCUUUUGGAAAGCUAAAACAGCUUGUGGUGUGGAGGCUUAAAGGUAUCGUAUUACGUCACCAACACCUUCAUAGCUAAACAUUUCAGUUAAAGGGCAGCUGAAUAAUAAUAAACGUGCCCUCCGUGUGCAAUUUAUUUUUUUAAAAGGUCAAAUUUAUUCGCUUAUAAUAACAAAUUUGUUCUAAUUAUAAAAACGAAAACAAAUAGACAAACUGACCAUUUGCCAUCCUUUUUUCCUAUUUGCCUUCAGGUAUGUAAGCCGUUAUCUGAUGAAGUGUUUCCAGUUUAAUGUCAUAGGUGACGAAUUACUCCUUAAUUUUGGCGCGAAAUUUUAGCGUUAAUUUGUAAUUUCACAUGUGAAAUUACAAAAUUGCCAUGGCAACCCUCCGUACGUCUCAGUGUCGGCAAGAUGGCGACGCAGUUUUCAAAUGCCGUGAAUGAAGAUGUCAGGGCACAAAAAGACGCUUUAGAAAACCUGAACACACAAGAGAACAUCGAGAAGGAUUCUAAGAGGUAUUUUGCCGAAAAAGUCUGAAAACGUCUGAACUUUGUAAGCCAAAUUUAAGGUCUAAACGUCUGAGAGAGUGGAGUUCUCGAUCGAUACGAUCCAGGAUAAACAUGUCAAAAAUCCAAGAUUGCUAACGUAAUUCGUCACCCAUGAUAUUAAUAGGUAAUCAAAUGGUUUACUCGUGAAAUUAGGGAAUAAUUUCACGCGCGUUUUGUGGAGGGAAAUUAGGGAAUAAUAAUAAUAACGCACGUUUUGUCCAAAUCCUUAUAAUUUCCCGAGCCUUUUGAUUACACAUACAAAUCAAUAUGCCAAGCAGACCUUAACUUAUGCCAAAGAAAGUUGUACCUAGGCUAAGUGAUGAGUUAAGAAUAGUUUUAGCAGUCAUAGAAGCCAUACCCAAGAUAGUAGACUAUUUUUGACAGUUUUAAAAAGUGGUCUUUGAAACAAUAUUUCCGAAACGAAAGACUGAAUAGGCGAGACCGACUGGGGAAGACUGCACAAGAAUCAUUUGCCAGUUUAUGGCCCUUGGCAUUCACGGCGAGGCUGAGAAUACAGACUCCAUGACGUCCUUAAUGACUCCCCUAACUCUCCCUCACCCUGCUGAAUGAAUGUAAUGAUAUUUCUCAAGAUUAUUGACCAAAGUCCUUUAUUACAGGCUACAUCCCUGCCUUUCUUGCUAAAAACAUCAAAGUUAUGGAAUGGUUACCUCAGAAUGAUCUAUUGGCUCACAAAGACAUCAAGGCGUUUGUCUCUCACGUGGGUCAUAAUAGUCUGUAUGAAUCUGCAUAUCAUGGAGUUCCUUUGGUCUGUUUCCCUCUUUUUGCAGAGCAGCACGCUAAUGCCAAGAAAGCGGAACAUGUUGGUCUUGGCUUAGCAGUGUACCAUGACCGUACUAAUGCUCAGCAAUUGUCUAAAACAAUUGAGCUGGUUAUCAAUGAACCAAGGUAAUAGUAAAAAUACAUACGGGUGGUCUUUUUAUUAUUAUUAUUCACUAAGCCCGCGUAAGGUAACUCCUUUGGAUUUUUGAGUCAGUGGUCGAUUACCGUUUCACUUAAUUGAUAACGAAAUACAGAUAGUAUGCAGUGUAAUGUAUUCUGCUAACAAUAACUAGUUGUAUAGCUAUGCCCUUCAAUCCAUUGUCAGAUAUAUUGCCCUCAGCCCAUUCAGACUAAAUUUUUCUACGAUCUUUUGCAGGCCUUGUACGUAGUGUCGAAUUGAGCCUUGUAGUGCAUGUCGAGUUGAACCGCCUCGACGUUAUUGUCGCUAUGGUCUCCCAAAAAUUAUGCUUUAUUUACGGAUCUUCUCGGCGAAAUCUUUGCGGCAACUUUAAACUUAUUUAAUUUUAAAUUUGUUUGCUAUUCUCAAUUUAGUAAUUUGAUGCUGUAUGUUGAGAAUGGCUCUGAGAUUAAUGACUACUACACAGGUUGUCGAAACGUCAGUCAUUGUCAGAAACAGUCCCGCCUAGAACUAGGCUCGCUCGAAAGAUACCGUAUUUAUUCGAUUAAACGCCGCAGCGUUUAUUAAAUUUUUAGCGUUUCCAAUGCGGCGUGUUUUCAAGGGCGGUGUUUAUUUCGAAAUCACUUUUUUAAAAUCACUGACAAUAAAUCUUUUGUAAAUAUUAUGUAAUUUAAAUGUUCAAAUGUCUCCCUCAUUUUGCUUAGAUAGAAUCGUAAAUGUCUGGAUGCUGUAAAUUACCAAGUUGUACCGAAGUUUUUCUUAUUAUCCUCGGGUAAGUAAAACGCCACAUUCUUCUGAUUAGAUGCGGCGUUUAAUAGAAUAAAUACGAUACAUAUAUUCCACAAAAUUAUGAUAAAUUCUAAUGAGACCGAAACCAACAGUGGAAUUGCACGAAAUUUAGGUCUCCUUCUUAUGAACAGUUAGCGCACUAUGAUAUUUGCCGGGGCAUUAUGGUUCAUUUACUGUACAUGUCUCUCCCCCCUUGUCAGGUUAAUACCCAUAUCCCCAACAAAAAACGAUAAAAUUUCCAAAUAAAAUUUCCGGCUACUCAAUAAGCAGCUUAAGAUUAAAACAUUAUUGUCCGUGAGUGGGGUUGCCCAUAAGAAUAAUACAUAUCCCUUAAGUCGUUUUGUUCAAAUUGAAAGGUUCAUGUCAUUUCUGCACUAUGGUAUGAAUCUUUCAAUAUUGUUUUACUUAGGUAAUGACAAGAGCCACAAAGGGACAGGGACGGAAACGCCCAGACUAGCCCUUAUAAUAAUUUCACCAAAGUUAUUUUUAUACCAAUUAAACGCUUGAAAAGAUCGGAAAUUUGUUUCCUAAGAGGUCCGCAAACUUUUAUUCAGCGCUGUUAAAGAGGAGGGGAGAAGAUAACGGCGUCCCGCGUGGAGGUGCGUUUCAUCGACGAAAGCGAUUUUGUAAACAAAGGAAAUGGUUUUAUCUUGGAAGAUUGUCCCGAUUGGGAGCUAGAUUCCAUGAUUUCUUUGGAGUUGAGUGAUUUGCUAGAUGAUAUAUCAGUUUUUUAGGAGGAAUUCAAGUCCGCGGACAGCGAUCCUAAUGGUGAAAUCUCAAUUUCGGUACAGGAACCUCGGCAGCAAAUAAAGUCAGAAGAAAAAAACCACAGCAAAAAGCAAACAGAGGAGUGGGAAUAAUCUUCGCACAAAACAAUCAAAGCAGCCAAACGUCCAACUCGAUUCCAGUGAAGCGACAUCGACGCGGGAUUGGAACAAAAACGCUAAAAAGCAAGCAAAUCACAGCAGAAAUCAAAACACGAAAGCAGCAAAGAUGCUAACAAAAAAAGAACUAGAAGGUAAACGUCGUCCCAUGUGCCAGACCUUCGUAUCAGAACAGCUCUAACAAUAAGUCAUGAAAAUUUGGAAACCGGUCGAAAUCUAAUGGCUAAUCGAAGAAAUACUCGACGCUCAGAACUUCUCAGAAUUUCUGGAACUUGUAGCUGCAGUUGCAAAGGACGUAAACAAAAGCCGUCAAGCUCGUUUGGCAUUCGAGGUCGUGGGCCCAGCGUCGUUAAACAUUGCAGGAAACCAUCACCUUCACUGACAAAAGGGAAUUGCUUUUAGUUAUUCAUAUCCAGGAGGAACUUAAGAGAAAAUUAAAUGACCUAAGACCCUUAUUUAGCCGCAACAAGGAGCGUUAAGUUUCAAGAGAGGUUACAAACAAUGUUCUUGCAUCAGAGGGCCAAACCUGCCGACCAGAAACACAGGAAACAAAACCCACAGAAAAUCAAUAUGCGUGUCGUGAACAAGCGGCAAAAUCACAUUUGCUCGAUCAAAACUAAGAACCCUCCAAAGCAUAAUGUACCCGCCAGAAGGAAAAAAAUUUGGAACAAGCAGCAGCAUUUUAAGCAUUUUUGACUUUCGUCUGUCUCUUUUCAUAAGCGGACUUCUCCUCACAGCUUUCUCGAGCUCGCCGAGGGAAACAGAAUUUGAGUCCUCUUGGGACAAAUCAACGCUUAUCCUACGCUUGCGAGUAGCAACGCUAAGUUCAAUUUCUUGAACUGAAAUGCGCUCUUCAGGAUAAUCUAAAAUAUUCAUGCGGAAAUGUAGACGUCUGUAAAUUUCACUCGAAAAGGUCAUGUUCAUUAUUCCACAGUUGCCAUUAUAAUAUUCUGCAUUGUUUGUCAUCGUGCGUGGAGUUGAUGACGUUUCAAACAAUAGAUUAAAGCGAGCGGACGUCCCAGGUAUGAGACUUCCGUUUAAGUAAAACCUCUAAAAAUAACUUUAGUGAAAUUUGCAUAUCCCGGCCAACACCCUAAGAUUUGCUCUCACUCGCAUAACGGCUCUAAGUGACGAUUAAUACUUCGAUACAAUAGGGCAAGUUCUAUGGACUAGCUUCUUACGUUAAUAGUCGUAAUUCAUAACAAAACAGUUAAAUAGAGAGUGAUUUUUUUUGGUUUCAGAUUCAAAAAAACUGCAAUGCGUAUAUCAAGCCUGUUGAAAGACCGGCGACGCCCCCCUCUUCAAGAAACUUGUGACUGGAUAGAAUAUGUCCUGAGACAUGGUGGAGCCAAGCAUCUUAGACCUCAAGUGUUUAACAUUCCUUGGUACCAGUACUUCUUGCUUGACGUCUUUACUUUUCUUGUUGCUGUGGGUACUGUGAUUGUAGUGACGAUAUGGCUGACAUGCAGAUCCCUGAGCCGUUUGUGCUGUAAGAGAAAAGGAACCAAAACAAGGAAGGAGUAA